CGGCCGCCCGCCGCUCACUGGCUCUGCACUCACUCGGGAGGCUGCCCCGGCCAGCUGCGCGCUCCGGCAGUGAUCCUGAGCGCCCACCGCCCGCUCCGUCCCGCUGUGCCAGACACCGCUCUGCCCCACCGUGACAUGGGCGUCACCUGGGUCCCUGAGGCCGGUGGCUGGCGCUGGGGGCCCCUGCUCCUCGCUCUCUUCCUGGCUGCGUCCCGAGGUCUGGUGGCAGCCUUCAAGGUGGCCACGCCAUAUUCCCUGUACAUGUGUCCCGAGGGACAGAACGUCACCCUCACCUGCAGGCUCUUGGGCCCUGUGUCCAAAGGGCACGACGUGACCUUCUACAAGACGUGGUACCGCAGCUCGCGGGGUGAGGUCCAAGUCUGCUCGGAGCACCGACCCAUCCGCAACCUCACGCUGCAGAACCUUCGCCUGCACCACUGGGACCACCACGCCGCCAAUGGCAGCCAGGACCUGGCCCAGAGCCGCGGGGUGGCGUCAGCCUCUGACCACCACGGCAACUUCUCCAUCACCUUGCGCAACCUGACCCUGGGGGACAGCGGCCUCUACUGUUGCCUGGUGGUGGAGAUCAGGCACCACCACCCGGAACACAGGGUCCAUGGGGCCAUGGAGCUGCAGGUGCAGAGAGGCAAAGACAGUCCAUCCAAAUGCAUCCUGUAUCCAUCCUCCCCUGGGGAGAGUGAAAACAUCACGGCUGCAGCCCUGGCUACGGGCGCCUGCAUCGUGGGGAUCCUCUGCCUGCCGCUCAUCCUGCUCCUGGUCUACAAGCAGAGGCAGGCCGCCUCCCACCGCCGUGCCCAGGAGUUGGUGCGAAUGGACAGCAACACCCAAGGAAUCGAAAAUCCUGGCUUUGAGGCCUCUCCACCUGCCCAGGGGAUGCCCGAGGCCAAGGCCAGGCCCCCGCUGUCCUAUGUGGCCCAGCGUCAGCCUUCUGAGUCUGGACGGCACCUGCUCUCCGAGCCCAGCACUCCCCUGUCUCCUCCUGGCCCUGGGGACGUCUUCUUCCCGUCCCUGGACCCCGUUCCUGACUCUCCAAAUUUUGAGGCCAUCUAGCCCAGCGGGCAGCAGAGGCUGGGUCCGGGGCAGGUGCAACUGAGCCAGGGCUGGCCCUGUGAGUGUCCUCGGCCCCUCCCUCCUGCUCUGAGCCCAGACUCUGCUUUACCCCCAAUGCCUGGACCCUCCACCACUCUGGAUGCUCCGUGAGGGAGGGGAGAAGGUGCUGGACCUCUCACUCCUGUCCAAGGAUGUUGGGGUGCGGAUUCUUCCAGAGACCUGAAAUCGCCAGAUGCCAAAUGAUCUACUUCCUAAGAGGUCCCAGAUCUUCCAGUUCCCCAGCAGCCUCUUGCCCGGGGAUAGGAGUCUUGGGACCUGGCGGCAUGGAGGGGCUGAGGUGGGCACUGGCCUGGUCUCCUCAGUGGCUCCGGCCCAGGCAUGAGAUGCAGGACAUGCUGUGGAGAGACGCUGGCCCACGGUGGCUGGCCUGGCUCCCUGUCUGACCUGAGCUGGUGCUCUGUGGACCUCGCUCUCUGCACCCCUGGGGCUCUGGGGCCGAGCUGCCCCUCCCCCACCACUGGAACUUCCCCAGCUCCUCCCACCAGCGGAGUCACUGAGGAUCUGUCAACAGGUUAAGUGCAUCCGGGGCUCCCACUGCCUGCGCUGGGUCCUCAGAGGCCCCCAAAUGGGAAGUGCGUGCUGGGGCCGAGUGGUCACUGUGAACCCACUGGUGUCUUGAGCAAUUCGAGGCUGGGCCAGAGGUUGCGCCACUCAUCACAGAUGACGGCAAGGGAGGGAGGGUGGGGCCUUUUGGGAAUGUGAGUGGAGCAGGACCCCUCCCUGCCCUCCCUGUCCCUUGUUCCCACUGCUCAGCAUGGUCAGUAGCAAGGGUGUCCUUACUGGGAUACUUUUGAGUGUGAAAAGGGGGUGCUAUUAAAAGGACAUGGGCAACAGGUGCAAACCCCA